UUUAGAUUCAGUGGACGUCAACCGAUCCAGCUCCAAACCUCGUCCAAGCUCCAACCACGUCAAGAAUCUUUCGUCCUCGCCUCCUCCAGAAUGUUCCCCUCCGCCACCGCCCCCCGCUUCCUCCUCCCCUUCACCGCCUCCGCCUCCCGCCGCGCCAUGUCCGCCGCCGCGGGCGCCCCCACCGAUCCGCCGCAGCAGCAGGCGUCAUCCCCCACCCCUAAGGCGGUGCGCGUGGUGGUGAAGGGCCGCGUGCAGGGCGUCUUCUUCCGCGACUGGACCGUGGAGACGGCGCGCUCCCUGGGGCUCGCCGGGUGGGUCCGCAACCGCCGCGACGGCACCGUGGAGGCCCUCCUCUCCGGGGACCCCGCCAAGGUCGACGAGAUGGUCUCCCGGAAACUCCCCGUGGGCCCAUUCUCCGCCGCCGUCACGGCCGUCGUGCCCUCCCCCGCCGACCCGGUCGACCCCGCCGAGGGGUUCCACCGCAAGCCCACCGCCUGAUGCCUGAUCCAUUCGUGCUUCCUUGCUGCAGCGUUCUUGGUGAACGCGCCUCCCCCUCGUGAGAUGUGCAACUGUGAUGAACGUACGGGCAGUAGUACAAGAGUUGAGGGCAGGACCAGGAUUGAGAUUGCUUGCUGGUUG